CCCCAGCCUAGCGACAUCUUUUUGCCGAUCCUGCACCUGCACCCUCGCCCUGAAGACUUCAUCCAUCCUCCUCGUGUUGUACCUUUACGGAAUCGCACGAGCGACCUGCACUGCAUCUCGAUAUUGUGUCGCUGUUGUCGCUCUUUCUCUACAUUCAGCAUUAUUCCCUCGAUCUCUCAGCAAAGACAACCCCCGGCUCCUGCCCCGUCAAUUCUGUCCCGGCACCAUCACGAGUUGUCCGAUAACACCGCCCGAGACACGACACUCGAUUAUUAUCUCACCUGAUCCAUGCCAGUCGUCUUUUGAUCGCUUCUUUCCGAAUAUGAAGCCUUUGCGCGACAUUCUUCAAUGAUUCACGUGCCCGAUGAAGCGUCUCUCUGACUCGUAUUCGCCGCGACGCUGACCCGGUCCCAUACACACGGCUCGCGAAUUCAAUUCUCCAGUUUCAAAGCGGAUUCUACUGUUGCGCAAUCGCUUCUUCAUACAAGCUCAACAUCCUUCCUCGAGGCGCACGAUUCGCCCUCUCACGCAGAUGUGACGGACCUUCUGCCAGACCACCAUCAUUACCGGCGAAUUCGGUAAGAGUGGGGCUAAGAGGUUUCGGAAGUGUCGUGUCAAGAGUAGGAAAUCAUCGACUCCUCACAAAGACCAUACCGAGUCCAACGCGCAGUCAGCGCAAUACCAAGAACUGGUACAAGGUCUGCCUCUGAACAGCUGUGAAAGAUGAUGGCCCAGCCUUUUCCCGCCCAUGCGGGCAUGGGUCCUGGACAUCCAGGAAUGCCCCAUGGCCAUCCAAUGGCGGGAAUGCAACAUCCUGGUGGCCAUAUGGGAGGUCAACCCGGCGGCAUGAUGCAAGGAAUGCAUCCAGGAGUAUCAGGUCCACAAGUCACCCAAGGCCCGAUGGUGACGGGUAUGCCACCGGGCGCAGGAACACCAGCUCCGGGACCUAUGCACAACAACAUGGCCAUGGCACACCUGGGGCCACAACAAGCCAUGUUCCAGCAACACAACCCGCAAAUGAACUUUGGACAGAUGCAGAUGACACCUCAACACCAACAGAUGCUGGCGAGACAGCGUAUGAUGCAACAGAUGCAAGCGCAGCAACAACAGGGCAUGCCUAUGACUAUGCCGAAUGGCCCAGCGGGCUUUAAUCAAGCGCAACUGGCGCAGAUGAAGAUGGGAAUGCACCCUCAGAUGCAGAUGCAGAUGAACCCUAAUAAUCCUCAAAUGCAGAAUCACCAGCAGCAAUAUCAGCAACGGGUGAUGCAAGCACAGCACGCGCAAGCGCAAGCGCAAGCUCAAGCUCAAGCUCACCAUGCUGCGCAAAUGGCCGCUGCGCAGAGUCAAAGGGGUAAUGCUACUCAACAGAUGCAGAUGUCAAGAUCCCAAGAUCAGACAAGCCAACCUCCUCCGUCACAACCUACACCAGCUCCUCAGCCUCAGGCCCCGCAACAAGCGCCUCCAACAUCCCAACCUCAGCAACAACCUCCUCAGCCCAAACCGCAACCCCCUCAACAACAGCCUCCUACUACUCAACCGCAGACCCAACCCAGUCAGCCAGUCAAAACCACGGAACCUGAAGAGGAACCUCAAAUAAAACAACAGCCAGACCUGUCUGCCAUGAUGAUGCCUGAAUUACCCAAGCAGGAUUUCCUGGGUGGUCAGUGUAUCCUGCAACUGAUAAUGUAUCAAGAUAACCUGGCAAAUCCCGAGCGACCUUACGAGCUAGACUACUGGGAGCAGACGAUAGCGAGAUAUUUUUCGCCGCUCGGAUCGAUGCGGCAGCAGCUUUUCAGCAACAAGAACGGUGUGGACAAGUCAUUCCAGUUGCAGUUUCCAAGCCUAGCCCGCUACUAUCAUACGCAUUUUGCAAGUGGAGUGAAACAGAUCCUGCUGCAAUCGUAUGAUCACAACCAGAACAAAUUGCCAAAUGGUGGUGUUCACAUAUGGAGUACGAAUGCAAGCUUGACAUAUGUUUUUGGAAACGACAUUCGAGUCACGACUACGGGACAGUUGCGAGUUAUAUUCGAUGAGUUCCAGAAGAUUGAUCAUUUGAACAUCAGCACUUCUGGCUGGCAAGAGUACAUUCCACGAAACGCUCUACUACAGCCCGCUUCACCCGAGGAAACGAAGAGCCCCAAGGUCAACAAAAAUCUUAAGCGAGCUCAAGGGAAAGCAGCAGGCCCGACACAGCCGAUAAUACCAAGCUCAGGUGUUGGGGAGUGGGGCGUCCCGAAUCACAUCUUUCAGUUCUUGGAGAUCGCCGAAGUCAUGACAGCCAUGGGACCUCUUAUGGAAUACUUCCACAGUCAUCCAGGCAUUGGCCCCAAAGAAUCACUGUUACGGGUGACGCACGAGAACGCGCAAAACAUGGCCCAGAUGAGUAAUGCUCGGUUACAGAAUCAAAUGGCUAGGGCAGCCAAUGGUCAGGUGCCGUUCCCUAACCAGAUGCCUCCUGGAAUGAAUGGUCCAACAAUGAUGAACUCACCUGCGAUGGGACAUCUCGGAGUUCCACAGGCACAAGGUUCUCCCAUGAUGGGAGGUCCCGUCCAUACACCUAGUCCUGCGCAUAACCCUGCACCGGGCGGCGUUGCCAUGAUGCAUCAAAUGAGUGCUCAAGGCUCGAACCUCAGUGGCAGUCAAGGUCCUAGCACCAACACCAGCCCGAACGUUACCAACAAGAGGAGGCGAGCAAGUGCUGUGAAGAUUGAAGAAGAAAAUCCUGGACAAGAACCAACUGGCGCCAACAAAGUCAAACCGAGUCCCAAGAUAGGCGGGAAAAGACAGAAAGCCGGGUAAACUUGUCCAAGGAAUUUGAUGCUUAGCGAAAGGAAAGACGUACGACUCUUUUGAGUGUCGGACCUCUAGGCGUUCAUGGAGCCAGUGCAGACUCGGUCAUCGUUUUUUUUUGGAUCGACGAGCUUGGUGUUCAGACCGAGUCUUGGGAUCUGGCGUCUUCUGGAUUUACUGCAUAGACCCCUCUUGGAUGCUAUGAAGGCCUGGGUGUCGAAAUCUGUGGCAGCCAGACGAGAGUUUUUGCAAGACUCCCCCCGGGUUGGAAAGACACUCAUGGCCGAGUGCAGUCCUGGACUCCGGGAUAGAGCGAGGCCGAAACGGAGGAAAUGCUGGGCUUUCUGGGUCGGUAUACUGGAUUUGUAUCAUAUGCGUCUGUUUUGUUUGAUCUCGAGGGCAUUUGGAAGAGAUCUGGUCUUGGAGCCUUGUUUACAUGCAGCAGUGUGUUUCUUCUGUCUUUUGGAUACGCGAAGAUCAGAUAAUGGCAAGCACGCAAACAAGCAAGGCCUGAGUUUUUGAGUAAAGAUCAGUCGAACAACAGGGAUGAUUGCAUGAGGCGCGAGGCUGACGAAGGAAGAACGAGUCUGGAGGAGGAAUUGCUCGUCUCCGCCGGGUGCUUGCUUAUAGAAUUGAAACGUCUAUGUCUUUGC